AUGGAAGACGAUAAACGUAACAAAGCUGCAAAUACGAUUCAACGUUACUAUAGAGGAUACCGCGAUCGCCAACAAGUAAAAGAACUUCGCGAACAGCAAAGACACUCCAAAGCUGCUGUAAUUAUUCAAAGCCAAGUCAGAGGAUAUCUGGCAAGACGUCAAUUUGAACAGCUUCGAAAGAAUUCAAAAGACGAAGUAGUAUCACGGCUUUAA